AGCGCAUUCCCGGAAGUGCCGUCUGGGGCGCCGCGGGUCGGCUAGGGUCGCAGACGUUGGACGCUGACAGCCCUUCCUCUGCCUCGCUCCUCUCCCCUGCCCCAGCCCAGUGGCUUCCGAAGCCCCGGCGCCGCGGCCCGUUCGCCAUGGACGAUACCCUGUUCCAGUUGAAGUUCACAGCAAAACAGUUGGAGAAGUUGGCCAAGAAGGCUGAGAAGGAUUCUAAGGCUGAGCAAGCCAAGGUCAAGAAGGCUCUUCAGCAAAAAAAUGUGGAGUGUGCUCGUGUCUAUGCGGAGAAUGCCAUCCGUAAAAAGAAUGAGAGCUUGAAUUGGCUUCGGAUGUCUUCCCGUGUGGAUGCAGUGGCCUCUAAGGUCCAGACGGCCGUGACCAUGAAGGGGGUAACUAAGAAUAUGGCUCAGGUGACCAAGGCCCUGGACAAAGCUCUCAAUACCAUGGACCUACAGAAGGUGUCUGCUGUGAUGGAUAAAUUUGAGCAGCAGGUUCAGAAUCUGGAUGUCCACACUUCGGUGAUGGAGGACUCGAUGAGCUCAGCCACCACACUGACCACUCCUCAGGAACAGGUGGAUAGCCUUAUUGUGCAGAUUGCCGAGGAAAAUGGCCUGGAGGUCAUGGACCAGCUCAGUCAGCUUCCGGAAGGGGCCUCUGCUGUCGGAGAGAGCUCUGUCAGGAGCCAGGAAGACCAGCUGUCUCGAAGGUUGGCGGCCUUGCGGAAUUAAACUGUACCUCAGCCUGAUGGACUGCUUUCCCUGCACUGAUCACGCACUGGAAAGGAGUGGGAGGGAAGCGGUGCCCUCCGUCCCCCCACCCCUUCCACAGCCUCUACAGAGAGAAGCAGCCAACUCCUCCUUCCACUGUUACCCUUUGCCCGGCCAAUCUCUGACGGCGUUGGACUUUCCCUUUUCUCCACCGGGGGCAUGAGCUCAUACCAUCCAUGUGUACCUUGUUUCUAUGCCAAUGGACCUCCCCCAGAGCAGUGGCAGGGAAGACCCUGCUGCUGCACUUGGGCUCUUGUGUGGUCAGCUGUGCUCUCAGUGGAGGUCAGGCCGCGUCAUCUGGAUUCUGACGCCUCCAAAGGAAUCUUUCUUUUCUGUACACUUGAAGGAAGACUGACUUGGUUUGAAUGCAACACUACUUGGUUAUCUAUGGGGCUUUAGGUGGAUAGACUCUUCGGUAUUGCUUCAUUUCCAAUAUAUUGCAUGUCUGGGUCCUAUUCCCUUAGAAAAUUGAACCAGCCCCUUGUGGGGGUGGGGGUGGGGUGGGCAUUGGGCAGCAUUGGCCAAGGCUAAACGCACCCAAGCAGAUUUCUGUGUUGCAGAUGUCUGGUUAAAUUGGUAAGGGACUCCACAGAGGGGUGUGCAUGGCAGGAGACCCCAUCGCCCUGGGCAUUGACUGUAUAUAUAAAGGGAGUUCCUGGGUCUUGGGACUGAGUUGGCUGCUGGUUGGACCUCAGUGAUUCCUGUCCCCUCUGCUGAUACAGACUGGCCAUGUCUGUGAGUCUAGCUUUGUGCACGUCAGGUGGCCCCUUGAAAAAUUCCCUCCCAGUGAGUGGCCUUUUAGAAAGGAACUCCCUUUUUCUCCCAGUGUUAAAGGUGUCGACUCCCUAGCCUAGAGACCAGACUUCACCAAGGAGCUUGAGUUCUCAUUACGUGUUCAGCGGCUUCAUCAAAUGGAUUCCUAGCUCAGCGUUUGAGGGAGGACAGCUAGUUUCAUGCUCUUAGGGACUGGUCUGUUCUUGGGGGCAGGUUGGAAGAGACAGAGAUAGUGGUAACCUCGAAUAGAUGAGGUAUCCUAGUGGUCUGAGUGCCGUUUUAUUGGCCCAUUUUCCCAGGUUCCUGCCCCGGUUGGAAUCCAAUAGCUUUAAGCUAUUAAGGCUUCAAGUGGCAGUAGGACUUUGGAGGCACCUACAUAGAAGCCUUAGCACUCCUGGGUGACAUUUGUCUAGGGAUUUCUGCUACAGUCCCCGGGGGAGGGGGGACGCUGUAGCAGGGUGGUUAAUCGUUUGUUUUUUUUUUUAUCCCCUUUCAGUUUCUUAUGAUUAAAUUUCUUGGGUUAUUAAAUUGAUUCACAAUUCGAAUCUCUGCCACAGGAUCAGUAGCUAAUGAUGUGUGUUGGCAUGGCCCCAUUCCUCCUCAGCAAACCAAGGAAAGCUUGUGAGCUGAAGGCUGAGGGCGUGUCAGUCUCCCCUCAGCCUGGGCCCCAAAGGAGAACUUUGCCAUUUAUCCACGGGAAGCUCAUAACGGCUUCUUGGUGUUUGUGCCACUUGGUUUAGUUCUUCCUUUUUCCUUUCAUGCAAAUAUUGAUUCCUGUCCCUGCCCCCACCCCCACCCAUGCCCGAGGACAGGUCCUGCAAGCCCCAUCUGCUCACAUCUGUCGUUUGCCUUGUGGAGGAGAACUUGGACUUGAAUCCAUAGCUGUCACUGGUGAUAAGACUUUGGGGACUAUCUGUAGCUCUGAACCUUUGAGAGAAAAGCAAAAAAAGGUUCAUUUCGUGUUCUGCCCUCCUCUCCUCCCCUCCCCAAAUAGCUCUUUGCAGGCCUGCAGAAAAAGUGUGAGCCCAGAGUUUUCCAUCUGCUGAGAUGCACUCCAUUUUCUUUUUUCUUUCUUUUUUUCUUGGUGAGGCAAUUGGGGUUAAGUGAUUUGCCUAGGGUCACACAGCUAGUGAGUAUUAAGUGUCUGAGGGCAGAUUCGAACUCAGGUCCUCCUGAAUCCAGGGUCGGUGCUCUAUCCACUGCGCCACCUAGCUGCCCCUGCACUCCAUUUUCUUGAAGCUUUAGGGUUUGGUUGUUUUGUUUCUUGUCAAUGUGAAAGGAGCAGGCAGUUUGAGGUGAAGCUUUUAGCAUCCCUACCAUAGCACUCACAUAAGCAGUAAGGUUGGUACUUGGAGAUAGCACCUUGUGCUUAUACAUGGGCAGCUUUCCCCCCCUCCAGUGCAGUCUUCAUCAAGGAUGCCCACAGGUAGGUCCCAAAUUAUUCAUGCUGCUUAGUAAGGGAACUGUAUAUAUUUUUUUAUGAGUUGUGUAUAGAUAGGUUUGAAAAUCUUUACUUCUGGUCCUUUCUCUUUGAUCCUUGUGGCCUUGGGAGCAUCUGGGUUCAGUGUAAUAAAGAGGUCCCUUUGAGGAUUUCCUUCAGAGCUUGGGACUUGGAUGUUGGGUCAAAGCCUGGAGUGGGAGAGAGGCUCAAAAGCCUUCUCUCUGUUGGGUGUGUACCAUUUAGUGGAAGCUGGAAGGAUUUCAGGCUUGCUUCUUGAGGUGGUGGUGACCUGCUUUUCCCACGGUUGAAAAGCUUUUUUUUUUUGGCGGGGCAGUGGGGGUUAAGUGACUUGCCUAAGGUCACACAGCUAGUAAGUGUCAAGUGUCUGAGGCCAGAUUUGAACUCAGGAACUCCUUAAUCCAGGGCUGGUGCUUUAUCCACUGCGCCAUCUAGCCGCCCCCGGUUGAAAAGCUUUGAUCAUGGAUGAAGAGGGUCAAGAGCUCAGUGAUCUGCCCAGUAUAGAUGCUCACCUUUGGAAACACUUCCCGUGGACUCUACAGCCCUCAAGAAUGUCACAGAAAGCAUCACAAGAGAGAAUUGUAACUGCUAAAAGGGCAGUGUCACAAGUGUGAAGGAAUCCACAGUAUGGUUGAACACUACCAUGAUUUAGGCCCUGUAAACGAUCGGGGGCCUCCUGGGUUGGCCACCACUAAGACUGGUACCCAGAAAGGACCAGCACCUGAGGAUAUUGUGUGUUCUUGUGUUCAUCAAAGGAGCAGGCUACUUUGCCUUAAAACAAUUGAUACUAUUAAUUUCCUAAAAUGUCAUUUUAAGUAAACAAAUUCUUAUCCCUGAAAA